AAAGAGGGGGUGCAAAAUUGCACAAUUAAAAAAAGAUAGGGGAAAAGUGCAAUUAAGCAAAAAAACAAAACUCAAGAGCUGCAACCAGUGUUUUAAAACCUGGACCGACCCGGCCGGUCGAACCGGUCAGCCCGCGAACCAGAGGGUGCAGCGGGCAGCCUACUGGACCGAAUGUGCAAUUAACCCGCUGAAACCCGUGUGACCUGUUCGGGUCAGUGGACGGACCGUUGAACCAGUUUAGCCAACCGACCCAUUUUUGUAGUAUAUAUUUUUUUAUUUAUAUUAAUUCAGUAAAAUAAUUUUGAAGUAUUGGAUGCUGAUGUGUUUAAAAGAAACAAUUUGAUUGGAUGACAGUGUAAAAUUCAGUUUACACCGUCAUUGCACUUAUUUAAAAUUUGGUUCUUACACUCUCAAGUCUCGGGAACAGGAUCACCUCCUGCGUUUUUGCUCCUGCUCUCUCUCUCCUGUGCAAUUCUCAUUCGUUGGAUUUAAUCCAACGGUGAUGACAAAAAGAGGGAAAAAGUGAUGAGGAGGGAGAAAUGUUGGCUGUUUAUUUUCAUUUCCAGAACAUUUCUUGUUAUCUCUAUUUUAAUUUCAAUCUAACUUUAAUUGAUUUUUCCUUUUAACCUUGUUGAUUUCUGUCGUAAUUGGUUUUUUGAAAAACACAACAUGGUUAACUUUAAGAAAUAAAGAUAAGUAUCAUUAUCAAAUGGGAUUUUCGUAAUCAUCGUCAUUGUUGUCGGCAAUGGGUUAGGAUUAGACGGAGACAGAAGAGAAGAGAAGUGGCGGUGACUGUGCAGUGGGAACUUUUGGGGAAGACGGUGAAACAGUUUCAUUUUCUUUUUUUGCCUUUUUUCUGUAGAUUUAAUCUAAAGGCUAGGAUUAACGCAGGACGGAAACUGGAGAGAACCUCGCAGGAGAGGAUCCGGAUCCCAAGUCUCGACCUCGACUAAUAUUUGUAGUCGGGUCGGGUCGGGUCUGGAACCCACCCUCACCUCUCAGAACAAAUCAUUCAUUACGCCAGCCACCAUAAAACCUCAGAAAACCCCACACAGCCAUCGUAGGAGAGAUGUCUCUGUCUCUGUCUUUGCGGUUCCGCCGUGUAAAACAAAUCUCAAGACUUCUCUACUACUCAGGUGAUUGUUUUAAGCACCAAUGUGACAAAGGCUUAAACUCACUUCCAUUUUCACCUAAACCAAUUUUUAAUGAUGGUUUAGUGAGAGGGUUUCACUUUCAUCAACAUAGGUUCUCAACAUCAGUUGAUGUAUUACAUAAACAUGCUCCUGAAGUUGAUCUUUUGUCUUUUAUAAAAUCAUCGCUCGAUACACUUGAAGGCACCGAUCAUUACUGGUUAAACAGAUCUGUUAAAAAUGAAGAAUUUUUUGGAAUUCAUGGAAUUCAUGGAACUUUUUUGGUUCUUGCUGCAAACAAUUUUGAUUGCGGCAUUAUGUUUCAAAAGUUGAAGGCAAUUCAGGAGAGGUUCCCUCAUAUUACUAUUAUGGGCAUUAAACUAAUUAAUUCUUCGGAUCGCGAGAACCAAAUCCAGUUUCUGAUGACAGAAAAUAUCACAUUCCCUAUUUUGUUGUCUCAGCAGACAUUUCCUCAGAUAAAGGAAGGUGCAUGCUACAUAUUAUUUAGAAAUUUUAAGAGCCCAAAGAUUUACAAUGAGAAGGACGUCAGUCCCGAAAUUUUAUGCCAAGAUAUUCUGGAAUUACAGAUGCAACCAAGUGAUGAUUCUGAUUGGCUCAAUGUUGUGAGGUCUACAACUUGGAGGCAGGAUCAUAUCGCUAAAGAUGAAUAUAUAUGUUCUCCUCUACAGAAUUUAGUUCUAUAUUACCCAGGUUGUGUCUCUGCAGAUGAAAGUGAAAGCCGCCUCUUCAUUUCUGAUUGCAAUCAUCAUAGAAUUAUUGUAUGCGAUGACGAUGGGAAGAUUAUGGACUGUAUAGGCUCUUCCCCAGGAUUCGAAGAUGGUGACUUUGAAUCUGCUAAAUUAAGGCGUCCGGCUGGUUCUUAUUACAAUGCUACUGAGGAUUGCUUAUAUUUUUUGGAUUCAGAGAAUCAUGCUAUAAGGAGAGCGGACAUGGAAGCACGUCUAGUGGAAACUCUUUACCCGAUAAGCACCGAUAACAAGGGAGGUGGAAUAUUCAACUGGAUCUUAAAUAAGCUUGGUCUAGAAACCAGUGUGAGGAAUAUGGAAAAAUCUGAAGUAUUAGAUCCGAAGCGGUUAUAUUUCCCUUGGCAUCUGUUGAAAUCUGAUGAUGAUGACACUAUAUAUAUUAUAGAUCGCAGGUUUCAAACUUUAUGGACCAUGGAUUCCGGUUCAGGAAAAGUAGACAAAAUUUUUGAAGGUUCUCCUAAAAUUCUUGAGAUCUGCGGACAGCUAAUCAGACAGAAUUUAUCCACCUUCGAUAAGAUUCCCUGUGACCAGUUUCAACAGAAAACUAAUAAUGUGUUUGCGCUGGAUGGCCUCCCACAUUCUGAUCGUUUAUCUUCAUUGACAACGUUGCAGAAUCACAUGUUCAUUUGUGAUAAGGUUCGACAGAGGAUUCUGAAGGUUAAUAUUGAAUCUGGGGUUUGUUUGGAUUUCCAGCUAUCUAAUUUUGGGUUACUUGGAUUUCCUUAUUGGUUGAAUUCCCCUCUGGAGACAUGUUAUGCUGGUGGAAAUGGACUUUCUGAUACAGCAAUUGAUCAUCUUCAACAAUUUGAUUUGCUACCAGGCAAUAUUGACAUAAAGUUGAGUGUGGAUGUUCAUGCUGAUAUUGAGGUUGUAGAGCCACUACAUGAAUCCUGUAUAUGGCGCCAAGCAAGAGGUGCAGCUGCUGAAAUCACUGGAAUGGAUGAUCCACGAUCCAUGGAUAAGGUUGGAGUUGCACAACAGUGGUACGAUGAAUUGGAUGAUCUUGCCUCUCCAAAAGCUGAUCCUGAAUCUGAAGUGACUGAAGAUGACCUGGAUCAAAAUACAGCUAUGGAAGAUGAUAAAAUUCGCAUCAACAGUUGUGUCGGAACUAGCCCAGGAACAAGUGAGGUUAUUAUUUUCGCUGUACUGUAUUGUAAACUUAGAAAAAUUCCAAACUCAAACGACGGUAACCAGGAGAAAUAUGCAGCAAGGAUUCUUGAUUUUCUGAGCUCAAAGAGAUCUGGUAAAAGAGAGAGAGAUUCAUGGAAUGCAUAUCUAUUGCAAUCUAAAGGUGAUCUAAGAGAUCUUAUUUUCACUAAACUAGUACACAUCAGAGUAAGAAUAAAUACUUCUGAUCAUCCUAAGGCUGAAAAUGAUAGGGAUUUUAUCUUAACAGACUCCACAAUUAAGGUGAAUGUGUUACUCAAUUGACUGUAGAUUUUAGGAGCACGGCUUGAAAUUAUUUUUCCCAUGUCCCGUGUUUUAUUAUUUUGAUUGUAAAAUCAAAUUGGUAUCAACCAACUUUUUACUACGUUGUUUCAAGAGUACUGGCUGAAAGAUGUGUAUCGGUUACGAACGAUAUUUCAUUUGUUUUAAAAUUGAUAUUUUGUUUCUGGAAUUUGUGUCAAUUGUAUAAGAACUAGAAUGUCUUGUGAAAUGAGAUGUAAAAUGGUCUCUGUUGUAUAUUGGAGACAUUGUUUUUGACAAGUUGUAAUAUUUGGACAUAUACAAUAUUAUUCAUCCUAUAUUUACAAAUAAUAA